UUUUUUAUAAAAUAUUUUUUUAUAUAUUUUUUAUAAAACAUAAUUUGUAGUAAAUAAUUUCAAUAUUAUUUGGAAAUAAAUAGUCGUUAACUAUGUAAAGUCCAUAAAAUUUGCUAAGUACGCGACAAAAUUAAAAAAAAAAUACAAAAAUAGUGCAAAUACCAAAAAAAAAAAAAUAGAAAAAGUGCAGACCUCUAUGUUCUACCAUGAAGUCGUCGUCACUACGUCAUAGCAAAGGAAAGUCUUUAGUUUCCCGACGAUCCUCUCCCAUCCACGAUACAUUUGAUCAUGGUUUGUCCAAUUUAGAAUUGGUAGCUUUACAGAAAGCAUGGCGAAUGCUGGAACCAAAAUUGCGCAAACUCUCCACUGAUAUAAUUAUGGACCUCUACUCGGAGCAUUACGAGAUAAUGGAUAAGUUUCGCGAUGAAGACGGUAAAUUGUGUAAUUAUGAGCUGAUAAAUCACUCAAUUUGGCUCUUACACCUUUAUGGGUCGAUCAUAAAUAACAAGGUGGAUCCAUUUAAAACUAAGAAAAUACUGGAGCCGUUGAUAGAGAAGUUGAAAAUGUACUCGAUGGAUGUGAAUUCCGUAAAUCUCCAGUUGGAUUGCACUAAAAAAUAUAUAUUCUCUGAACUACGUAAUUCCAUAUCACCAACAUCCGUGGAGGCCUUCAGUAAACUUAACCAAACUAUCGUCAAGUAUGUUCAUAAAAAGCUUAAUUAACUAAAAACUAAGAGCAGAUUUGGGUAGAAUAGAUGUUAAUAGGUGCUUAAGAUGAUCUCGCUUUUGCAAAAACUCGACCAAUAACAUAAAAAAAGUAACAACGUGAAUUACAGGCAUAAUAAGUCAAAUAAGAUUAAUAAAAAUAUAUAUUCGAAAAAACUUCCUAAGCAUAGCAAUAAAUACGGCAGUAAUUAUUUAU